CUGGUUGCCAAGCAUGAGGUCACAUAGUUGUGAAAAUAAAAUAACGAACGACGAUAUUGACUCAUUUGCAUAUUCGCACCCAUGCUUCAAGAGGAAAUUUCCGUUGUGUGUGCGGGGCCCACAGCACGUAAUUUUAUUGUAUUUCAUGAUCUCUUCCCAGGUGAGCACCCGCCAUUUCAGUUUAUUCACCUGCAUCCAGAGGUCUUCCACUACCAAACUGAAAAAAUGGCUUCAGGUUGCGGUGUUCACUCGAGAACUACACCCUAAAUGUCAGCACCACGAGAUCAGGGUGUACUUUCUCAACCGUACACCGUGCGCCCUCCAGUGGGCGAUUCAAAAUGAGGCUUCUCAUGACUUCCGGUUGGCUUGCCCAGUCAUGAACUUCCUGUUUGAGGAAAUCGGAGAAUCGAUGAUGGUGCAAGUUGCAUACCUGUCCGAGGGAUGGGCUAUGGUCAGUGACACAGUUGGCCACAGUGUUCUAAGGGAAGUUGCUUUUGAGAACAUCUGGCACGGGACAUGUCCUCAUGCACCACUCUGCUUCCGGAGGUCAAACCAACUCAGUGAAGGGCCAGGUCCGACCCAGGUCAAUCCAAGUUUAGGCCAGGUCACACCAGGCUCAAGGGCAGCUCUCACGAAGUCAACCUCAGACUCGGUCUCCUCGACGAGCGCAGUAUUCGAUCAGACUGGAGACAGAGGUGGGACUGGGACAGGGGUCGUUGGCUGUUCUCCUGAUGCAGAGUUUGAGCACCGGGAAAAACGUAGUGCUGAUAUUGAAGAGGCUCGUGCACCAAGAGUGGUGCUCAGCAAUAUGGAAGGGUCGGAUAAAUCUGUACUAAAUGGGCGGGAAAAUGUUGACCAACAGAAAGGCAAAGGAAAGCGUUCUAGAAAAGAGACAAGUCCAUAUGUAAAUGUGGACAUCCAGUAUAACCGAGACCACGCAGAGUCCAGUCGUAGAGCGAGCCAGUCCAGUAGGUCGGAGUUCGAAUCUCUGCUGAUGACGAGCAGGGAGUGCAACAAUGACGUGGACGACGACGAUGAAGAACCGCCGGGGAGCGGACGAGAGCACGACCAGAGGAAGGAGCGGGAGAUCAACAUCGACCUGCGUCUGUACCAGCAGCUCUGCAACAACAAAUCUGCGCACGUCAAUGUCCUCUUGUUCCACACCGCUGGCCACCAGCUGGGCAUCUCGGUCCCAAAGUCAGCUGUGCUGUAACUGUCGAUGACGUCAGCUGUGCUGUAACGGUUGAUGAUGUCAGCUGUGCUGUAACGGUUGAUAACGCCAGCUGUGUUCUAACCGUUGAUGACGUCAGCUGUGCUGUAACGGUUAGUGACGUCAGCUGUGCUAUAACGGUUGAUGACGUCAGCUGUGCUCUAACUGUUGAUGAUGUCAGCUGUGCUCUGACUAUUGAUGACGUCAGCUGUGCUCUGUUUAUGACGUCAGUUAUGCUCUGUUUAUGACGUCAGCUAUGCGCUAACUGUGGAUGACGUCAGCUAUGGUCUAACUGUUUAUGACGGCCCUCGUUUUCCAGUACGUGGUGACUCGAACCGUACGGUCGUGGGUUCGAAUCCCGAUAGGGGCUCGACUUUGUAUCCCUGAGAAAGACAAUUUACACGAAUGUUCCUGACUUCACCCAGGUGAGAAUGGGUACCCGGCUAUAGACAGCGAAAGAUUUUGUCAGUUUGCUAUUAUUUGAGCGCUUAAAGUGCUGCUUGCACUGCAUACUUCCCGGGAAGCUGAAAAUGUUUCUGAGUUUUCUGUGGUCUGUUGUAAUAUAAUUAAAAGCGCACAGAGCAUCCUCUUGAUCUUGAAUGUGCGCUAUAUAGGUUUC